AUGGAUUCGUCGGUGGACGACUUGGACGAUCUUCUCGAUAGUACGUUCGACGCGUUAUUAGCCCUGCAGCAGCAGACACAGCGCACCGUCAGUGGCAUCGGGGAGGGGGAAGAUGCGGCAAGGCGGAGGGCAGGGGCACCUGGAGGGGUGCCUGCGGGGCUAGGUUCGGGCUUGCCAGGGCUUGGCGGGCUGGGGGGUUUGGAGGGGUUGGGAGGGGAAGGGGAGGAGUUGGAUGAGGCGGUGGUGGAGCGACUGGUGAAGCAGUUUGAAGACAUGGGCACGCAGGACAUGGCGGGGCUCAUGGACGCGGUCAUGCAGCAGCUGCUCUCAAAGGACGUGCUGCACGGACCAAUGAGGGACCUCCACGCGCGCUACCCCGCCUGGCUCGCCGCCAACGCCGCCACCCUGCCGCCCGAUGACCUGGCGCGGUACGAGCGGCAGCAGCAGGCCAUCGGGCGGCUGUGCGCGCUGUACGAGGAGCGGCCGGGCGACUUUGAGGCCAUCAUGGCAGUGAUGGGCGAGAUGCAGGCGUGCGGGCAGCCACCCCCCGACAUGAUCAAGGAGAUCGCCCCUGGGCUGGAGAUGGGGGAGGACGGCCUGCCUGUGCUGCCAGACAUGCUGCAAGGAGGGGACCUCCCUGCCGACUGCUCUCUCAUGUGA